UCUAGCAACACCACGCAAUUCGAUCUCGAAAAAUCCGAUUUCUGGUCUUCAUUCCAAGCCGAAGUCUCUCCAUCUUGCUUUGUCAGUCCAAGGUGCCCGGAAGAGGUGGCGAAAAUUCUGGAUAUACUGAAACAUACCGAGUGUCGAUUCGCGGUCAAAUCUGGAGGUCAUGCAGCCUUUCAAGGAGCGAGUAAUAUCGAUCGUGGCGUGACCAUCCUUCUCAAAGAACUUGAUGCACUUGAGCUCGACCGCGAUGCUGGAAUCGUAAAAGUUGGAACCGGAAGUCUCUGGAUUGAUGUAUAUGAGUAUCUUACGCCGAGAAAAUUGUCAGUCGUAGGUGGAAGAGUGACUGGAAUCGGCGUGGGCGGCCUGGUCCUUGGAGGCGGCAUAAGCUUCUUCAGUGGAAGGUAUGGCUGGGCUUGUGAUGGUGUGAGGAACUUUGAAGUUGUCGUCGCUAGUGGCGAGAUUUUGCAGGUCAAUCAAGACUCGUAUCCGGAUCUGUAUUGGUCGCUUAGAGGUGGUGGUAACAAUUUUGGAAUCGUGACAAGAAUGGACUUGGAAGUCUUCGAGCAAGGUGAUUUGUGGGGUGGAAGUAUUACAUUGCCAUGGACCGUCAAGGAUGAGGUGAUCGAUGCGCUGUAUGAUUUUGGUCGAAGGCAAUCGAGUGAGAACGAGGAGGUUGAUGUGGAUGCCAGUGUCUGGGCGGCUUUCGGAUAUACUCAGCAACCUCAACCUGGAAAGUUCAUUUCGAUCGAACCCGUGUAUGCGAAGCCCGUUGAGAAUCCCGUGGUCUUUGAGAAUUUCACGAAACUCAAACCUGUCUUGAUGAGUACUGCCAAGAUCAGGAAUUUGACGGAUAUUUCGAAAGAAUUGAAUCAGAGCAAUCCUAAUGGCCUUCGAGAGACAUAUUGGACGCACAACUUCAUCCUGACAAGGGAGGUCAUGACAAAAUGCCUGGAAAUUUUUGAAGAGGAGCUGAAAUCCAUUGAGGACGUGGAAGGCAUCGUGCCUGUGAUGCUCUUUCAACCACUCACUACAGCGGUCAUCCGAAAAUUCGCAAGGAAUGGUGGAAAUGCUCUGGGCAUCACCGACAAGGACGGUCCUUUGCUGUUGAUGUCGGUUCCAAUAAUGUGGUCGGACUCAAGUCGCGACGACGAAGUUUUGGCGUUCGCGAGGACUGUCAUAGAUAGAUGCGUCGAGGAAAGCCGCAAGCUGGGGGCUUUUCAUCCGUAUAUCUAUCAGAACUAUGCGGCAAAAGAGCAGAGGGUGUUUGAGAGCUAUGGGAAGGCCAAUCCGGAGAGGUUAAGAGCUGUGAGCGGAAUGCAUGAUCCCGAUGGCGUGUUCCAGAGGUUACAGCCCGGAUACCACAAGCUGUGGUAA